GAAGAAGAAACGCUCCACCGGGGGAAGCGGACUGUUGCGUAGUGACGGUCCGCCGACCCUCUCUGUGCGCGUGUUACAUGUCAGUAGCCGGUCCUGCGCUGUUGCGUUUCUACCGGUUUAAAACACCCAAAUGAACCGGACGUUAUCCGCUGACCGACGCAGUUGAUUCUCUCGCGUGCAGGAAUGGCCGACGACGGACUGGACUACAACCUGGUGUUUCCAGAUGCGAGCACAUCGGAGAGGCACUGGCAGGGGACAAAGGAGCCGGUUGUGAUUCUGCUGGGCUGGGCUGGCUGCAAAGACAAGCACCUGUCCAAAUACAGCUCCAUCUACAACGAGCAGGGAUGUGUCACGCUCCGCUACACGGCUCCCCUGAAGACGGUGUUCAUCUCCGAGUCCUUUGGUUACAAGGAGCUGAGCAACACGGCCCUCAAGCUGCUGGAGGUCCUCUACGACUACGAGGUGGAAAACAGCCCCGUUUUCUUUCACGUCUUCAGCAACGGCGGCUUCAUGCUGUACCGUUACAUCAUCGAGCUGCUGCACAACGACAAACAGUUCAGUUCCUUGUGCGUGAUCGGGGCCCUGGUGGACAGCGCCCCGGGUAGCGGGAACGUCCGCGGGGCCCUGCGUGCCCUUGGGGCCACCCUGGGCCCCAAAAUAACUCCCUGUCUUCGGUACGUCCUCCUAGCCCUCUUCGCGGUGACCGUGUUCCUGCUGCGGGUGGUGCUGUACCCUUUGACCAAGUACUUCCACAAGAACCACUACGACGCGGUGCGGGACCGCCCGCCCGUCUGGCCUCACUUGUACCUGUACUCCAGGGCCGACCAGGUGAUCAGGCACCGGGACGUGGAGCUCUUCGUGGACGCCCUGAAGCAGAAGGGCGCCCGGGCCGACGGGUUCGACUUUGUCUCCAGUCCCCACGUCGGCCACUUCCGGGACUUUCCCGAGCAGUACGCUCUCAAGUGCCGCAGCUUCCUAGUGGCCUGCGUGAAGGACCUGGAAGGGGCCGAGGCAAAGAGGAGACAGAGGGUCCAGAGUCAGUGACUUAACAGCGACUAAAUGUCUGUGCAGUAUUCCGGUACUCAUUGUGUCCUUUAAUAUUCCUUCGAAGCUUUUUCCACUAUCCUGAGCUCUUCGUUUUAACUCAUUGAGGUAGUUUGUUGUGCAGCUACGACCAACUGCAGCGCUGUACUCAUCGUUUAGCGCGUUCGUGCAAAAAUUAAGUCUUGGCUCGUCUUGUGAGGGGUGCGAAUAUGGCAACAGCAGCUGUAAAGCGGCCACAGAUGAACUCAACGAUCUGGUUUUUGUCAUAUACACUGGUGGCAUCAUCAAUUGUGGUUAUUUUCUUGAUCGACUCAUAUCGCUUUAGACAGUCAAAUGUCCUCAUCAGCUCCUGUAUUUGUUACACCACUAAUAAUCACAGACCUUUGUAUAUCCACCCCUGACUGCUGAAUGAACUCUUAAGUCCAUCCGGUUCAUCACACGAGGGGAGAAAAAUACGGAAAAAAUAUAUAAUCCACUUUGAGGUCCUUGGAAAUGUUUUUAGUGUCCUUGUCCUACUACGUCUCCACAGUACUGGUAGGUUGGUCCAUCUGGUGUCUCCCAUGGGAACCGUGCGCGGCUCAGGUACCGCUCGUGUCCUGGUUCGAAAACAAUAAUUACCCUCUAUGUGCUAAACCAAGCUAACCGCUAAGCUAGCGGGACAUCACCAACAACCAUGCAAGCUGCUGACACACACCGCUGAACGAUGAAUUGUGCGUGUUGACCUGUCACCGCCGCGUGGGAUCGUAAUCAUAACAGGAAGUGACCUUUCCCUGACCCGGAUAUUUGCGGUGUCACAGCUAGCAAGCGGUUGGUAAUACUUUUCCCACUGUACUAAUUCCCAGAGGGCUACACAGCAUGUGAUGAGAAGGUUCCACAGAUUUCUGCCAAAUCCAUAUCUGGAAAAAACAAGCAACCGGUGAUGUGUGGCACAAAGGCUCCUACGUGUUUGCAUCCUACGAACUUCUUAAAAAUAACAAUACAAACGAUUGCCAUACACUGGAAAAUGAAAUCCUUUGGGAUAAUUGGAAGGGUAUUUAAUAUUGCUGUGAAAUGUGAUGCGUUAGUGGUAGCGAUUCUAAAACUGAGGUAUUGGAUCAUUUGUAUCUUCUUAUUUAUACAAUUGACAAGGUAUUUAAGAUUAUUAUUGAUUUAGUGGAAGUAAAAGGUAAUUGACAAUGAAUGUAUAUGUCCAGCGCAACUAGUGUGUUCUUUCUAACUGAUGUGCCUUUAAUAAAAUACAAUGCUCGUUACAAACCUCCUUAA